CGUCGCGCCCGCGCCUCACUACUUCCGGGCUGCGAAAGAUGGCGGUUUCCUAGUCAGCGUUCGGCUGAGUCGGAGGGAGGCUCAGGCUACGACACUCUCUAGACAGCCCAGUGCCACUGGAGAAGAACCCAGAGGGGAGGAACCUGGCUUCCCCCAAGCCUGCUCCAUCCAGCCACUCAGGGGCCAUGGAGGUGGCAGAGCCAAGCAGCCCCACUGAGGAGGAGGAGGAGGAGGAGGAAGAGGAAGAGGAGCAGUCAGCCGAACCCAGGCCCCGCACGCGCUCCAACCCUGAGGGGGCUGAGGACCGGGCACUGGGGGCCCAGGCCAGCGUGGGCAGCCGCAGCGAGGGUGAGGGUGAGGCUGCCAGUGCGGAUGAUGGGACCGCCAAUCCUCCCGGAGCUGGCCCCAAGCCCUGGCAGGUGCCCCCGACAGCCGCUGAAGUCCAGGUGCGGACGCCACGGGUCAACUGUCCAGAGAAGGUGAUCAUCUGCUUGGACCUGUCAGAGGAAAUGUCGCUGUCAAAGCUGGAGUCAUUCAACGGCUCCAAAACCAAUGCCCUCAACGUCUCCCAGAAGAUGAUUGAGAUGUUCGUGCGGACAAAACACAAGAUCGACAAGAGCCACGAAUUCGCACUGGUGGUGGUGAAUGAUGACAUCGCCUGGCUGUCCGGCCUGACCUCCGAUCCCCGUGAACUCUGCAGUUGCCUCUAUGACCUAGAGACGGCUUCCUGCUCCACCUUCAAUCUGGAAGGUCUCUUCAGCCUCAUCCAGCAGAAGACUGAGCUGCCAGUCACGGAGAAUGUGCAGACGAUCCCGCCCCCCUACGUGGUCCGCACCAUCCUGGUGUACAGCCGCCCACCUUGCCAGCCGCAGUUCUCCCUGACGGAGCCCAUGAAGAAAAUGUUCCAGUGCCCAUAUUUCUUCUUCGACGUCGUUUACAUCCACAAUGGCGCUGACGAGAAAGAGGAGGAGAUGAGCUGGAAGGACAUGUUUGCCUUCAUGGGCAGCCUGGACACCAAGGGCACCAGCUACAAGUAUGAGGUGGCGCUGGCCGGGCCGGCCCUCGAGCUGCACAACUGCAUGGCCAAGCUGCUGGCUCACCCACUGCAGCGGCCCUGCCAGAGUCACGCCUCUUACAGCCUGCUCGAGGAGGACGAGGAAGCCGCUGAGGUUGAAGCCACCGUCUGAGCCAUCCCUGUGCGUUUGUUGUGGGAUGAAACCCUGGGCUUGGAGGAUGGUUCUCAAACCCAGCUCUGUGGCACCCUGAGGGGGAGGGUUCCAGGAGGCUCCCAGGGCUCCGGGGCACCCUGGAAAGAAACUCAAGACUCCAGGAAGCAUUCCAGGGACCCCGGGCACCCCUUCCCUGUGUUUUCCAGCCCACAUCCCACCACUAGUUUGUCAACUGUUAACGUUUGUUCCUUUUGUGACUUUUUAUUUUGUCAUCAAAGUAAAAAGCUGAGAAUCCCUAAGCCA